AUGUCUGGCUUUGGCUCCGGAAGCUUUUUCAGCCCCCCCGAAAAUGAGAGACUUCACACCCGCCGGAUCACCCGCGAUCCGAACCAGUCCAGCAUCGGCCAUGAGCCGGUCGAGCCGGAAUACACCCCGGUCCGCGGCCACGUCUCCGACGUCUUCGCACACCAUGACAACCUGGUCAUCCACCAGGGCGCCGGCUUCGGGGCCCUCUCGCCCGAGCGGCCGGCCACCUCGCGUGGCGGCAUGCGCGACCACAAUGUCUCCCAGAUCUCCAUGGCCCCGGUGCAGGACACCGACCCCGCGUCAUCGCCCGGGUCCGAGCGCUUUGCCGGACGGUCGUUCUUCGGCGAGGACGCGCCGGAGGCCCCGCGCUCGCCCACCUCGGCCGAGGUGACUGCCGCCCGGCGUUUCGCCAGCCAGGUCGGCUUCGGCCCGGUGGAGGACCCCUCGACCGCGGCUCCCAUCGAUCCGAAUGCCCCGCAGACGGACUUCCAGCGGAAUCGCACCCGGCACACCACCUCCAAUGUGGGCUUCGCCGGGCCGGAGGACGCGGUCCCCGCAUCGCCCGGCGGCCCGGGCGGCUUCGGUGGCGGUCCGCGCGGUUCCAACCUCGGGGUCUGUGACGGGUCCUUCUCCUCUCCCGGGGCCGAGGCCCUGGUGCCGGGGGUGGCCGCCUCGCCGGCGCGCUUCGCCGGAGCCGGCCAGCGCCUGGUUUUCGAGGAGUCCAUUGAGGAUUACCAGCAGCAUCUGGCCGAGCAGCGCGCGGCCGAGGAGCAGUCCAAAGCCGAGCAGCGCUCCCGGGCCGCCGGCUUCGGGGGGUUCAUUGCUUUUGAUGCGGCGGCCCCGGCGGCCGCCGGGGCCGGAGCCUCCGGCAGCCCGCGCCAGACCGCCAGCACCGGGUCCGCCUUCGGCGGGCAGCUGGACCACAUGCCGGCCGGGGCCGGCCCCACCGAUGACCCGGCCACCGCCGGGCGCUCCUUCAGCAGCCUCGCGGCCCCGGUGCCGGAGUCCCCGCAGCGCCGCCGGGCCCCGGUAUCCUCGGCCCAAACGCACAACCACUCGUCCCUGCUCCUGGCCGAUGGUGACCCCGCUUAUGAGCAUGUCCACCGGCCGGGCCGGCGGUCGGCGGCCGACGUCCUGGCCGAGGAGUCCGCUCCGGUGGCCGAGGACCCGGUCACCCCCGCCCCGGCGGCGGCCACCGCCGCUGCCACCAUCACCACCACCACCGCCACCACGGCCCCAGUUGAGCGUGGCUUCGGCACUUCCUUCUGGUGA